AUGGGAAGAUCUAGCCUGAAUAUUUUGGUUUCGGUCAGAUUAAAAGCUCUGGCGAGUUACUGCAUGGCAGCGGUGAUAACAUUUAGGGUUUCUUUUGUUUUGAAGAUUGGAGUCGUCCAUAAAGAGACUACAACGUCUCUAUUCUCGUCUCCAGCAAUAAGCCCUAACUAUCACUCCCUCUCUGAUUUCAUCUUCUCCAUCGAUCACCCCCCUGUGAUUUCAUCUUCUCCACCGACAAUGGUGAUGUGCUUCUGUAGAAAGUGGGCGAUAGUUCGGACAUCAUGGACAGAUAACAACCCAGGGCGCCGAUUUUGGGGAUGUCCCGACCCGAAUUCAUCAUGUGGGUUUAUUGGGUGGUAUGAUGAACCCAUGUGUGCUCGUUCCAAAGUUAUAAUACCAGGGCUGCUUAGGACAAUCAAUAAGCUACGAAAAGCAAUGGAUGAUAUAAAAGAACAAGCAAGCAAGCAAGCAUGAAAAAGCAAUGGAGAAGAUCAAAGAAGAAGCAACUAUGUUGAAAUAUUACCUAGUCUAUAGUUGGACUUUUUUUUGUUGUUGUGUUGGUGUUCUUGUUGUAAGUCCACAGGUUGAUUGUGGUUAUCUUUUGUAAUAGGAUAGGGGUAUAUGUGUCUGGUUUAAGUAGUUUUUUUUUUGCUAAUGUGGAACAUUGUUGUAAUGCAAAGUAAUGG